AUGAGACUUCUUUCCCAGCAGCUCUUGCGGAGUCCGCCCCGAUACAUCUGGGCGUGUGUCCUGUGCUCCUUGAAUGGACUUCUCUUUGGAAUGGACACUGGAAUUAUCGGCCCAGUGACUGAUAUGACGGAUUUCAAGGCUUCUUUCGGAGGGAGUCAGAAUGCUACUAUUCACGGACUCAUUGUCUCCUCGAUUCUGAUCCCGGCCGCACUAGCCUCGUUUUUCGCUGGUCAUCUUGCAGAUCAAUUGGGACGACGAAAAGGCAUUUCCAUCGGAGUCUUUAUCUUUGGAAUCGGUGCUGCCAUUGAGGCCGGCGCAGUCAGUCUUGGAAUGUUCAUCGCUGGUCGCGUGGUGGAAGGCUUGGGCGAGGGCCUGUUCUUGGGUAAUCUUGUGGUUUUGAUCUGUGAGAUCUCGCCAACAAGCACGAGAGGUCCGUUGACUACGGGCCCUCAAUUGAUGAUCACUCUCGGCUUGGUUGUGGGCUUUUUCACUUGCUACGGGACAUCCACAAUUGCGUCCUCAUUCUCCUGGCGCACACCGUUUGUGGCUUUGUCUUCGCUAUCGAUCAUGUUCUCCGCCAUGUCGUGGUUAUAUCUACCCGAAUCACCUCGUUGGCUGACGUUGCAUAACCGGCACAGGGAGGCUGCUGAGACAUGGGAUAAACUGGAAGUCAGCCAGGCCGAGCGAGAAAAAGCUGAACAGCAAUCGGAGAUAAUCCCAGUCACGGGGCCAGCAGCUCCAGCUCCACCAGCGAAUGUCGAAGGGAAAAGGCCCGCGCAUAAAAUCUUCGACAUCUUCGCAAGGGACGUGCGCACACGCACGGCACUGGCCGUUUUCUUGAUGGGAAUGCAGCAGCUCAGUGGAAUAGAUGGUGUUCUAUAUUAUGCUCCACUGCUCUUCCAGCAAGCGGGACUAGCCUCAUCCCAGGCAAGCUUCUUCGCAUCUGGCGUGUCUGCACUGGUUAUCUUUGCCGUGACGAUUCCAGGAUUGAUCUAUGCGGACGGCUGGGGACGCAGACACAGCAUCAUCUAUGGAGGCCUUGGUCUCGGGACGGUCAUGUUCCUGAUCGGUGGUUUGUAUGCAGGUGGUGCUGUUCAUGGGACAUAUGGGGCUGGACGCUGGAUCGUCAUUGUCUGCAUCUAUGUCUUCGCCAUCAUUUUCAGCUUGACCUGGGCUGUUGCGGUGAAGGUAUAUGCAGCCGAGAUUCAACCACAGCGUACUCGAGCAUCGGCGACAACCUUGGCGCACUCGAGCAACUGGGUUUUUAAUUUCCUGGUGGCUUUGACGACUCCGAUCCUGUUGGCCAAGAGCAGUUUCGGCGCGUACUUUCUGUUUGGUGGCUGCUGUCUCUUAACCUCCUUUGUAGGUGCGAUUUUCAUGCAGGAGACCAAGGGAAGAUCGUUAGGAGAGAUUGAGGAAGCGUUCCAGCAAGGGGUCAUUGGAACUUCGAUCCUGGGAGCUUUGCGGGGCCCAAAAGCCAAACUGAUGGCGUGA